AUGUCGACAGAGGAAAAGGUAAUAGAGGCGGUAAGGAAGUAUCCUGAGCUGUUCGACACCAACAACCCAAAUUACAUGAAAAGUAAACUGAAAACAAGAAUUUGGAUGGAUAUUGCAAAGGACCUGAACUUGAAAGACGGUGAAGAAACAAAAAAUAUUUGGUUGAAAUUGAGAGGUGGAUAUCGAGAUGCUCGGCGACGUCACAAAAAGAGUUAUGUUAGUGGAGCUCCACUUCAGAAGAUGCGGACAUGGAAGUACCAAAAUCAAAUGUCUUUCCUUGAACCGUUUAUGUCUUGUGGGCAACGAGAAGGAAAUUUAGUUGAUGAAAGUGAUGAUGAAACCCAGCUUCCGUUUCAGCCUGCGGGAAAUUCACAUUUGGAGACCAAUAAUGUGACAUUUAAUAGUGGAGGAAGUCAAAGUUCGUUUAAACUUCAUCUUGACGAGACUCAUGCUUCAAUCGACGAAGAAAACAAUGAAAUUGAGCAGCCUGCAAUUGAUGAAGGAGGACACGAAGGUGAUAACACGGAUUUGUUAUCCCGGAUCCCAAAUCCACAGCAGCAGAUUCCUCUCCCUCCCAAAAAAAGAAGCAAAUGGAUGUUCGAGAUCUACUGGGCCAAUCUAUUAAACAAUGAGAAGAGAGGGCCAGACAACGGGCGGAAGACAGGAGAAAACUGUUGGAAGAAUCUACAAAUUUGA